CCAAGCGACACAAUUGAGAACGUCAAGGCUAAGAUCCAGGACAAAGAAGGCAUUCCCCCUGAUCAGCAGAGGUUGAUCUUUGCCGGCAAACAGCUGGAAGAUGGUCGCACAUUGUCCGACUACAACAUCCAGAAAGAGUCCACUUUGCACCUGGUGCUGCGUCUCAGGGGAGGCAUGCAGAUCUUCGUCAAGACCUUGACAGGCAAGACCAUCACCCUUGAGGUUGAGCCAAGCGACACCAUUGAGAACGUCAAGGCCAAGAUCCAGGACAAAGAAGGCAUUCCCCCUGACCAGCAGAGGUUGAUCUUUGCCGGCAAACAGCUGGAAGAUGGUCGCACAUUGUCUGACUACAACAUCCAGAAAGAGUCCACCUUGCACCUGGUGCUGCGUCUCAGGGGAGGCAUGCAGAUCUUCGUCAAGACCUUGACCGGCAAGACAAUCACCCUUGAGGUUGAGCCAAGCGACACCAUUGAGAACGUCAAGGCCAAGAUCCAGGACAAAGAAGGCAUUCCCCCUGAUCAGCAGAGGUUGAUCUUUGCCGGCAAACAGCUGGAAGAUGGUCGCACAUUGUCUGACUACAACAUCCAGAAAGAAUCCACCUUGCACCUGGUGCUGCGUCUCAGGGGAGGCAUGCAGAUCUUCGUCAAGACCUUGACCGGCAAGACCAUCACCCUUGAGGUUGAGCCAAGCGACACAAUUGAGAACGUCAAGGCCAAGAUCCAGGACAAAGAAGGCAUUCCCCCUGACCAGCAGAGGUUGAUCUUUGCCGGCAAACAGCUGGAAGAUGGUCGCACAUUGUCUGACUACAACAUCCAGAAAGAGUCCACCUUGCACCUGGUGCUGCGUCUCAGGGGAGGCAUGCAGAUCUUCGUCAAGACCUUGACCGGCAAGACAAUCACCCUUGAGGUUGAGCCAAGCGACACCAUUGAGAACGUCAAGGCUAAGAUCCAGGACAAAGAAGGCAUUCCCCCUGACCAGCAGAGGUUGAUCUUUGCCGGCAAACAGCUGGAAGAUGGCCGCACAUUGUCCGACUACAACAUCCAGAAAGAGUCCACCUUGCAUCUGGUGCUGCGUCUCAGGGGAGGCAUGCAGAUCUUCGUCAAGACCUUGACCGGCAAGACCAUCACCCUUGAGGUUGAGCCAAGCGACACCAUUGAGAACGUCAAGGCCAAGAUCCAGGACAAAGAAGGCAUUCCCCCUGACCAGCAGAGGUUGAUCUUUGCCGGCAAACAGCUGGAAGAUGGUCGCACAUUGUCUGACUACAACAUCCAGAAAGAGUCCACCUUGCACCUGGUGCUGCGUCUCAGGGGAGGCAUGCAGAUCUUCGUCAAGACCUUGACCGGCAAGACAAUCACCCUUGAGGUUGAGCCAAGCGACACCAUUGAGAACGUCAAGGCCAAGAUCCAGGACAAAGAAGGCAUUCCCCCUGACCAGCAGAGGUUGAUCUUUGCCGGCAAACAGCUGGAAGAUGGCCGCACAUUGUCCGACUACAACAUCCAGAAAGAGUCCACCUUGCAUCUGGUGCUGCGUCUCAGGGGAGGCAUGCAGAUCUUCGUCAAGACCUUGACCGGCAAGACAAUCACCCUUGAGGUUGAGCCAAGCGACACCAUUGAGAACGUCAAGGCCAAGAUCCAGGACAAAGAAGGCAUUCCCCCUGAUCAGCAGAGGUUGAUCUUUGCCGGCAAACAGCUGGAAGAUGGCCGCACAUUGUCCGACUACAACAUCCAGAAAGAGUCCACCUUGCACCUGGUGCUGCGUCUCAGGGGAGGCAUGCAGAUCUUCGUCAAGACCUUGACCGGCAAGACAAUCACCCUUGAGGUUGAGCCAAGCGACACAAUUGAGAACGUCAAGGCCAAGAUCCAGGACAAAGAAGGCAUUCCCCCUGAUCAGCAGAGGUUGAUCUUUGCCGGCAAACAGCUGGAAGAUGGUCGCACAUUGUCCGACUACAACAUCCAGAAAGAGUCCACCUUGCACCUGGUGCUGCGUCUCAGGGGAGGUUCAGAUAUUUAAACUUACUAUCAGAGAUGGACAUUUGAUUAUUUCAGUAUCCCCUGCUCAUGCACUCACCACUUUUCUUCCCUCUUCUCUCUAUACUUUAUUACUGAAUCCAAUUACAUCUUAUUGCUAUGUUUUUCCACCUGUUUGUUUUUGUUAAAAAUGACGAAAUAAAAGCAUUGAAAUGUAA